UUCGAAAUAAAAUAAUUGUUAUGUUUUUAUUCUACCUGCAAUCUUCAAAUCAAAAUUAAUAGACGAACACGUCAUUCGCACCGGCCUUCCGCCCCAACCGCCGCCGCUCGCAGUAUUGUUGCCACAAAAACUGGCCAAGUUACCGUCUCCCAAUCAGCUGUCACGUACCUUUGACGUGUUGAAUACAAACAGAUCUCAUUUAGUCGGUCUGAUAUGCCGUUGCGGCGAUGAACGGCACGUUUUCCGAGCAGCUGGGGGGUGUGGCUGGAGUUUUCGAGCAAUGGGGCACGUGCGAGAGAACCGUGGUGGCGUGUGCUCUGGCGCGGCGCGUGCCCUGGCCGGGGCUAAAGCUCGUGCAGCGCGCCGUGGAGGCUGCACUGCAGCAGCAUGUGGAGGACGACCGCCUGGAGCGAGACGCCAACGACGAGACCCUACUGGCAAGCUUGUUAGCGCCCAGGAAUGAUGAUGAUGAAGAUGAGGGUGUAGAGCGACUGCGGCAGCUCGUGAGCCUGCUGCCGCUGCUGCGCGGCGACAACGAGCGCGGCAAGGCGGUGUACGUGGCCGCAGUGCCCGGCCUCGUGCAGCGCUGUGUGGACGCGCCGCGCCCCGCGCCGCACGCCGCCUCCGACCUCUGCCGCCAGCUGCUCUCCUACCUCCUCGUACAUCCUGCGCUCACACAGCUCGAGCAGAGAACACUGACACAGUGGCUACGCUACUUAGAAAAUCACAUAUCGGGCAACAGAAACACCGAGUCCAUCUGGCAGCAGCGGAUAGACCCGUGCCUGUUGCCCGACACCAACAUCUGGGGCGCCAACAACAGCUUCAGAAGAACGAUAGGCAAAAACGUCGAAUUCCGAGGCAUCCUGGACUCGACGGAGCACUCCUACACCGAUCUCCUGCAAGAGUCGUUCUCCAAGAACGGCCGAGACGUCGACAUCAGCUUGGACGGCGAGCUGGCGAACUUCGAGGCGGCGAUAGGACAGCCCAAGUCGCAGCGCUCCAACAGCCUGACGCCGCCGUCGACCGACUUCAUGCAGAUGUCCUCGUCGGCGGAGAACCUGACAGACGAGCCCUUCGUCCAGAAGCCGCGGAGCUUCUCGUUGUCGAGCGAACACAGCCUGAGUCAGCUGCGGCCCAUCGGCGGCCUCUUCGGCACCACCGGCAGCGAGACCCGCCUCGACGACCUGCGCUGUCACAACUUCACCGAGCACCCCGGCAUGUCCACCGUGGCCGCCUGGCUCAAGUCUCUGCGUCUGCACAAGUACAUCUGGCUCUUCACCAACGUCACCUACGACCAGAUGAUGGCCAUGGACGAGAAGUACCUCGAGAAGCUCGGUGUGACGAAGGGCGCACGGCACAAGAUCCUGGUGUCGAUCAAGAAGCUGUCAGAGCGCGGCGCGGUGCUGGAGGCUGUGCGGGGCGAGCUGAGGGCGGGCGCUGCGGGCGCGGCGGGGGCGGUGCCGCGUGCGCUGGACCGCCUGCGCGCGCUGCUGCUCAGCCCCAUGCCGCCCGACUCCGACUUGCCCCCGGCCAUCGUCGCCGCGUUGGACCUCGCGUCCAAGUGUCUGAGCGGGUGCUCCGGGCCCGCGCUGGAGCCCGAGCCCGACCACGUCGAUCCCAUGUCGCUCCAUUGCUGGCUCGUCGAGAAGGCGCUGCACCACGAGGCGUUCAGACGCGCCGAGCUGCAGGAGGCGCUGCGUCGGCUGCGGCACCGCCUGCCUCCCACACAGUUCUUCCACCACGUCGGGGAACUGCCGCUGCUCGCGCACAGGCACAAGCCCAGAUGGCGGUCGGGCGCGGCGUGCCCACGUCCGGCGGGGGGCCGGCGCUUCGUGCCCCCGCCCCCGCGCGGCAAGUCCCACUCGUACCCGCCCUUCCCCCCGGCGAUGUGGCCCCCGCCCCCCCCACACGACGACUACUCCGGCCUCGACGCGCUCUGUCUGCAGAUGACGGAGCAAGCCAUCAACUGACCGCAGUACACAUACCUGCACUUAGCUGCACCGUGUACAUGUGUACACAUUACACGUGACGGCACGUCUACUGACUAUUACACAAGUGACCGCGUGACAGAUAGAUAUAGAUUUCAUUAUUUAUUAUUUAAAAACAAAGUCCGAGCAAGACUCACUUGACAGAAACUAAUAAAUAUGGCGGAUAUAGUUUGUGAUAAACUAAAAAUCCUUUCCUUUUUUAAUAUUAUUUUGUAUAAAAUGCGUUGAGUGUGUACAAAUCAAUUACACGACCAUGGCCAUGUCUCAUUAAAGAUUUUAGACAUUUAAAAUCUGUUCCAUACAAAUAUUUUUAGUUUAUACCAUUGUAUACUUUGAGUAUAUAUUACAAUACAAAUGAAAAAAAAAAUGUCAAUUGACCACAAAUAUAAUAGGAGCAUGGGAAUUUAAUUGAUUUAAAUGAAAUUAUGUUGACAAACAAUAAUAUAAAGAUGUUUGUAAUAUUGCUGUUUAUGGCAACACCAGUGUAUGAAGUGAGUGUUGCUCUCUACAAACGGAAUUAUAUCGGAAUUGGUGCAAUGUGAGAACUUAUAGUGCAAUUAGAGUUUAAUAAUUAGUUAAUAUAUUUAUAAACAGACAUAUUUUUA